GGAGCCUCUGGGUGGGAAACUCUUUCACCCAAAUCUUGGCCGCCCGAACUUGGAACCGCGAGAUGGCAGCGAAGAGCGGCGCCUCGAGCGCCUUCACGUGGCUGCGCCAGGGCCUUACGGAGACAGUGACGCCCAAGGGCCGGCUGCGGCCAAACCUCUUCGCCCUGAAGGCGGAUCAGUGGAUCCACUUCGACCCCUCGGAAGCGAGCCGGCACCUGCGGGUGAAGCGGGAGAUCUUCGCCUCGGAGGCGAGUCGACCGAAGUAUUUGCUGCAGAAGGAUGGCUCACAGAAGGCCCAACGUGAAGUCCUUGAGAUGUUGCUGGACCAUUUGCCGGCGUACUACCCCGAGAACUUCCAGGUCCGCGCGUCUCCGAGUGGAGGGCUUGAAGGCGGCGCACGCGGCGCACGCUUCGGCCCGGACACGCGGGUGAAGGUGGAGGCGGAGAAUUGGCGCGCAGAGUACGUGCUUGGGGACUAUGAGGAGUUCCCGUUGGAGCUGGCGUCCAACCUGGUGAUGGAGGACCUGGUAUUGAUGCAGGACAGCACCCUGGUGGCAGGCUCGGUGCUUUUCAGCUUCAGCCGCUUCCAGGAGCGGUUUGGCCUGGACAUGGAGCAGAUCCACCACAAGGUGCCGCAGUAUGCCCAAGAUCUGCAGAAGCCGGUCUCGCGGGUGUUUGCGACACUGACGGAGGACAGGCCCAUGUGGCGCAGCAAUUGGAACAUCAGCUGGACAGAUGACAUUUUGGCGGGCUACGGUCGGUACCCCCACCGCAAUCCAGGCAUAUCAGUGGAAGACAGAAACAAGCUGUUCAGUGAGCUCAUCCAGUCCAUCGAUGAGAAGGGCUUGUCCAAGUCUGCGUGGCUGAAGGUGGAGUAUCAGACGCUGCGGCGCUUGACAGCGAACCCUGACUGUUUGCUCUUCACCGUGCGGACCUUCCUGAACUCCUUCCAGGAGUUGGCGCAGGAGCCGUUGGCCGCCAAAGCGCUGCUGCGGAACCUGGACCGCCUCGAGCGCACGGAGUUCAGCAAGUACAUCGGCAUUGACGACGCCGAGGUGUUUAGUCGAUUGAGGGACUUUGUGCAAGAAUGCAGCGCCUGA